AUGAUUGGAAGGAAAAAUAUGGGGCGAGUUUCGCCACUACUUUUAGUACUAUUGGCAUUGGGAUUUGGUUUUGCAACAUAUAACUUGGUGACAAUGGUAAUGCACAAUAGAGGGCUUAGUUCAGGGAAAUUUUGGGUAACAAAUGAGGCUUCAGAAUGGUAUGAUCCCGUGAUUAAUAUGCCUGAUGAGGUGAAGGGGUUAGGAAGUUCGAAUGUGAAGUUUCAUGUUGCUUUAACUGCAACUGAUGCGCCUUACAGUAAAUGGCAAUGUCGUAUUAUGUAUUAUUGGUAUAAGAAGAUGAAGGAUAUGCCUGGAUCCGAUAUGGGAGGUUUUACUCGGGUUUUGCAUUCAGGCAUGCCUGAUAAUUUGAUGGAGGAGAUUCCUACUUUUCUUGUUGAUCCUCUUCCGGAAGGGCUUGAUCGGGGUUACAUUGUGUUGAAUAGACCAUGGGCUUUCGUGCAAUGGCUAGAGAAAGCAAUUAUUGAAGAAGAAUAUAUUCUAAUGGCAGAACCUGAUCACAUAUUUGCAAAUCCUUUGCCAAAUUUGGCCCAUGGUGGCCAUCCUGCUGCAUUCCCUUUCUUCUACAUCAAACCAGCAGAUAAUGAGAAAAUCAUUAGGAAGUAUUAUCCACAGGAAAAGGGUCCUGUGACUAAUGUUGAUCCGAUUGGAAAUUCUCCUGUGAUAAUUAAUAAGUUACUUCUGGAGAAAAUUGCUCCUACUUGGAUGAAUAUGUCUUUGCGGAUGAAAGAUGACCCAGAGACUGAUAAAGCUUUUGGCUGGGUUUUAGAAAUGUAUGCCUAUGCAGUAGCGUCUGCUUUACAUGAUGUGCGACACAUUCUGCGUAAAGACUUUAUGUUGCAGCCUCCAUGGGAUUUGGAAGUUGGCAAGAAGUUCAUAAUACAUUAUACAUAUGGAUGUGAUUAUAACAUGAAGGGAGAACUGACAUAUGGAAAGAUUGGGGAAUGGAGAUUUGACAAGAGGUCUUAUCUUCGUGGUCCACCACCUAGAAAUCUUCCUUUACCCCCACCUGGGGUUCCUGAUAGUGUGGUAAGACUUGUGAAAAUGGUGAAUGAAGCAACUGACAAUAUUCCAGGAUGGGAUGUGGAGUAGAUAUUUGACAGACUGUUGUAGAAGGCUUAAACAGUCUCUUGUAUACAGUCAAGAUCCACACGAAGUAGAGUGCCACACUGUCGGCUGUCCUCAAGACUCCUACUGAGGACAAACAAGUAGAGGUGAACAGGAAAGAAUACACUAUAAGGAGAAAAAUGUAACGAUGUCUCAUUUAAGAUCCUUUUAUAAUUCUUCUUCAACUUUUUUGGACUGGAUUUUAAUUCCAAGGCCAGGAAACCACAUUUUCUAGUAAAAAUGUUGUGAUUUGUCCUUUA